AAAAUUCCAAAGUUCAAGGCCAGGAGAUGGUUUAUAAGGGCCGAGAGAGGAAGCGACUGUGGAACCGGCGAGGGUAGAUAGCAGUUAUGUUGUCUCUCUUGGUGCUUGCUCUGACGCUAGGGGUGGCAACCCCGAAACUUCAUGAAUCGCGCUACACAGGUAAGCGAGAGUAUGUGUACCGCUACAUGGCACAGACGGUGACCGGCAUUCCCGGGGCCAGCAAGGUGUACUCAGGGGUCAAGGUCAUGGCAAAUGUCAGGCUACAGUUCCACACAGCGUCAGUCAUCAUCGCUCAGUUGGAAGACUUGAACCUAUUCACCAUGAACGACGCCUUCCGUGAUGUUAACCCUACGCGAGAACAGGUUCACCCAACCAAGAUGAGUAGGUUCUUCUGUCCAGUCAUCUACAAGACGCUCAUGGAACCCUUCACAUUCACCUAUACCAGAGGUCAUGUGACCGACUUAAAGACGCCCGAGAACGAGGCUUACUGGUCAGUGAACAUCAAGCGCGGUAUUGUCAGCCUUCUGGAGGUCAACAUGGAAAAGAGAUGGACCCCGGUGGCGGAGAGCGAGGAGGCACCAGUCUACGCCGCUUACGAGCUGAGCGCGUCAGGUGUGUGUCGUACAGAGUACACGGUGGAGGAUCCGGAGUUCAACAUAGAGGUGCCGGAAGGUACGAUGGUCGUCACCAAGACAAGGGACUUCAAGAACUGCCACGUCAGACCGGCCUGGUUCAAGACCAUGUUCUCCGUCCGCACGUGUGCAGAGUGUGAGGCAGAGAAGACUCUGGCCCUGACGGAGGGAGCGCAGGUCCGCUACACUCUGAAGGGCAACAGGAAGAAUUUCGUCAUCUUGAGCGCCGUCGGGGAGAGCUACGUCAGUUUCUAUCCGUACUCCGCCGAGCGUGGCCACUUUUCAACCAUCAUCAAUCAGACCAUGUAUUUGACCGACGCGACGGAUCUGGCCGACAGCACGGAAAUAGCUCGUAUCGCCACGAUGUCCAUGGCGCCCCGAUCUCUCAUCACCUUUGUGCCGGAAAAUAUCAUUGACAACCAGUUCCCAUUCGCUGCGACUACCCAGAAACCCAAAAAUAUGGACGAGAUGAUGUUUUCCACGAAGAAAUACAUCGUCAACGUCCUGAAAACGGCUGCGCAGAGUAUGACGGGACCCGCCGUGUUGGCUGAGGGAGCUCUCUUCCCUGUCAUCGCUGUCACCAUGAUGAGGCGAGCCAACGUGACCAUCCUCACCGACAUCUGGGAGACUUACGCCAUCCCUAGGGCUGAGGAGACCGAUGAUGAAAUGGCCAUGAGGAAGGUGGUGUGGACCUGUAUGGCUGCUACCGGCAACUAUCUGUCCGCGAAGUUGAUCCUGGAGACAUGCGUGGCCAAGAAGAUCCCCGCCCUGAACUGUGCCACCCUCAUGAAUGUGGUCGCCUUGACUAACGCGCCGAACAAUAGCCUAGUUGAGAAACUACUGACUGUUGCUACUGAUUUGGGAGAAGGCGAGGAACCACAGUUUGUGCGGUCAAUCUGGCUUAGCAUUGGUGCUAUUGCCAACAAGCUGGCGUAUGCGGAGAGGUACGAGCUGACGACCCUGACAGAGACCAUCCCAGUCUUCACCAGGAUUCUGGCUCACGAGAAGGACCCGGUCGCCAGAGAAGAACUGACCGCAGUUAAAGAACAUUUACUCAACAGGCAGCAAGAUGUAACGAAGCUCUACAGUGACACCCGCUCCAGAAUUGUUGGGCUCAUAAGAUCCCAGCUGACCAAGGCAGGAGUGGAACCGAAGGUCAUGGCACUGAAGACAGCGGGUAACGCCGGUCUGCCUGAACUCAUCCCCCUCUGCACCACCAUCAUCACCGACACCGACCAGCCACAGGUUGUCAGAUUUAUGGCGGUCUUCGCCAUGCACAAGAUGGCAGAGUUCGCCCCCAGAAUGGUCAUCGAACCGCUCAUCCCAGUGUUCAUGAAGACAACAGACAGUGCCGCCGUCAGGAUCGCUGUCUUCACAGUUAUAAUGAAGGCCAGGCCAACAAGACCCAUCAUCGAGAUGUUUGCGCGCCAUAUCGCCCGUGAGCCUGACCUCCAGGUGUCCUCCUACAUGUACACCUUCCUCGAGACUACGGCCAACACCACUCAUCCCUGUUUCCAGACACUCGCCAUGGAAGCCGCCCGUGCCAUCCACAUGGCGCCGAGAGUUACCCCUGGACUACAGUACUCCGCCUUCCGCACCUUGGAGAUGUACACUAUAAGUCCUGAGAUCAGAGCCGGAGUUGGCGCCCAAGUCGCCAUCAUCGGUUCCAACAGUAGCAUUGUUCCCAAGGCCAUCAGCACCGUGCUUAACACCCACAUCUUCGGCCUGUCCGCCAACAUCCUGGAGGUAGGCGUGUUUACAGAGGGAUUCGAAGCCGCACUCGAGAAACUCUUCGGGCCUGAGGGCGUCCUAACAAACCGGAAGUCGAUCCUUGACGUCUUUGCACCCAGAGCCAGAAGGAGUACGGAUGCUACUGCCAACAUCGAGGAACUCUCAAAUAGGCUGAACGUGAAACCGAGACGUCUUCCUACUCCAUCCGGUUCGCUCUACGUCAAGAUGUUUGGGCAUGAAAUCCGAUACUUCUCACUGGACGAAGCCUUGGAAAAAUUGGCUUCUGCAGGCAAGGUGUCCUUGAGUUACAAGGAGACAGAGGCCGGCGUCGAGGUUCCAGUUGACGUCCACGAGUCUCUGUUCCUCGGAGACGCCGACAUUCUUCUCCCAACGGAGGCGGGUAUGCCCGUGUCUGCUAGACUCGCCGCCACUGCUGCCAUCAAGGUCAAGGGCAAUGUCAUCGCCAAGGUCACCCCUGCACUGUUCGAAAGCAGACGGCAAUCCGCGCCUGUUGAAGCCAAAGCCAUUUUCAAAGUUCGACCAAGCGCUGUGAUGGAGCUGAAUGGAUAUCUCGCCGUGCACGCCUUCAUGACGGGAGUCGGGGCUGGUUUCCGUAUCAGAACCAAAGUUAAUGCACCUCUGGAAGGCAGAGUAACCGCACAUCUAGCCAGCAGGAAGAUCACUGCUGCCAUUGUUCCUCCAAUUCAGGAGGAGCCUCUAGUAGAACUGGAUUGCUUCCCCUUGACCUUCCAAACCAUCAACCCUGUGGACCAAGAGAAGAUAAUCGAGGUUGCAGAGGGCGCCAGAAUAGUCGAGGAUUUGGUCGAGUACGGCAACAACACAAUGGGCCUGAACAUCAUCGCACGUGUCAAACGUGCAUCUCCAUACGGCAGUACCUUCGUCCCGUCUGUCCCCCUAGCUGGACGAGCUUCUGUACAGGUCUUUAUGAAGCCCGGUCCUAGCCCACCAGAGGCUGUGAUCUUCCAGGCACAGGUUGCCGCUGGCACCCCCAUCAAACCAUCUGGUGGAUCAGCCAAUGCUGCCGUCUCCAGCUGUGACUGCACUAUUGGCCGUCUCACCCUUUGUUAUGUAUCCUGCGCAGAAGAGGAUGUCACUGAUCCCAAGGUCAUCGAAGCUGCAGCUUCUCUGGAAGACUUCCCAGACCUCGCAACCAAGGAUAUCAGCAUAUCUGAACUUAAAGCCAAACUCCAGGCUAAGCUGGGCGAUAGUGUCAGGCUCAGCCCUGUUGGGCACAAGUGGGGACUGAUUGCCACCAUCGAUGCCAGCUCACCAACCACUCCACGAAAGGUCCAGCUUGAGACCUUAUGGCAGUCUAUUAAUCGUGGACACAUGCACCAGUUUGUCAUGAGGGUUGCUAGAACGGCACUACCAGCUUACCCCAUGCCAUGGGAGAUGAUCACGCAGGUAAUGAUGCAGUACCCGAAUCGCCUGAUCGAGCCCAAGAUGCUCCUGGACCCAAGCUAUCACACUCAAAUACAGCACGACCUCCAGUUCAUGACUCGUUUUAUGAGCCAUCGCCCUGUGCUAGCACAACUCAACCAGACUGUUGUGACCAUGCUUAAUAGGAGGAUACAACAUCUUACUGGAACCCCCAAACCAGAGGUGAUUUUGAGGAAGCUUGCAUUCCAGCUCUUUGCCAGGGUGAACGCAACUGAGGUCCGUGCCCUGCUCCCUGAAUGGAGAAACAUUGUUGUACUUAUGGAAUGGGCAGGAGACGUAUUGCAAAGGGCUGUCGAUCCCAUCUUUAUCCUUAAGCAUGUUGACACCAUUGUUGCAAAACUUGCAGAAACAGAGAAGAUCCAACUGUCAAUCAUCCAGAAGCUUCAGGCAAUUGCACAGGAUCCCCCUGCAUCAUCUCUUGUUGUCCCUAUGCUAGAGUAUUGCCUCACUGAACACUAUGCAGUCCUUGUAAUAAUCACGAGCGUUUGUUCAAGAGCAGCAAAGAUGGCCAUUGUACCUGAAGCUGAGACAUUAUACUCUAAGGGCUUGCAGCUGAUCACAAACCUCGAUGAACAAAUAAUCCAACAUGCAGCCAUUCUGUCAAAGAUUCCUCCCCCACCCGAAACUAUGGAGGUAACUUUGGCAAAACUAUGGCCAAAGUUGGAAAGAAUAAGUGAGGCUCAAUUUAGUGUUCUGAAGACUAUCAAAGCAACUGGACAAGUUACAUCGUUCCCAUCAUUGCAACCUGUAGUUGAUGUGGUUGGUAUGGCAAAGGAAACCAUUCCCGUACUUGAGACUGUUCUUAAAACAUCUGAAACCAUUGAUCUCAAUAUUGUUCCAGUUCUUACCAAACUUGCCGUUCAACAUACUAUGGUGUACCAUGCACUGGACAUUCUCGUCAUGAAUGCGGAAGUGAUACCAUCUCCAACAAACGAAAGCCAGUUCAGCCAUGUCAUGCGUGCCCUGAAAGCCCAAGUAUCAGCGUUGACAAUCACAUCUGCCGUUCUGGUGAAGUUCCAGUACGAGCUCUAUGCAUUAACUCCUGUCCUCGCUGAGGGUGAUUUGGCAGCUGUGAAGACACUCCAAAUGGUUCAGCUGGCACUUGGUUUCGAGAUGAACAGAGUUAGCGGUAUGAGCAUGUACACACCUUUCUCCAAUUCUCUGGAAGUUCCAGAACAAGUUUUCUCGAUCGCUGACGGUGUGAUUGACUUUGCUGAGGCAGUGGCUACCAAAGUGGAAAUAAUUGCGGAAAAACUGAUUUCGACGAAUAUUGAACCAACCAUCAGCAUCUUUGAGAAGGCCACAUUUGCCAUUUACCAGCUGAAGAGCGUUGUAAGGGAAUUGAAAGUAUACGUCAAAACCAAUCUUUUCUACAGCUCGGAGAUUGCAAGGAGCAUUGAUAUUAUAAGGAAAUGCGAUGCUGUCCUACUCACUGUUGAAUCAUUGGAAAUUAAAACAACAACUGCUUUUGAAAAGAUCUGGAGUACGGCGUCCCAACCAGAGGUCACAGGUGCCAUGCCAAUGUCCGCUGCUAUGAUGGAGAUGGCAAUUAGCGUAACAUCUCAGAAGCAAGGAGAAAUGAAGAUUGAAAUAGAUCGCUUGGCUGCAGCUACCAAACAGGCGGCCAUGACGAGCAUACAACCGAAGAUGGAGACAAUACUUAAUACAUGUAGAGGUAUCCAGGGCAAGAUUGACUGGAUCCAAUUGUGGGGUCUUCCUCUUGGACAUCUUAGUCCUAUGUUUGCCCAUGUGAUCACUGUUCAACAAGAGGUCCUGAAAAGGUUGAAAGAGCUAGUGACAUCUGCAGCGACGGAACUGGAUAACGCAGUGGCUAUCAACUUUGCGCUGGAGGACCUCCAGGGAGAGCUGGCCAGAGUUGUCAUGAUUGGUAGUGUUGAAAUGAGCGACGUGAAGCCCAUACCAGCCCUCAAGACCGGUGGAGGUAUUCCAUCUAUGCCAAUUAACCCCAUAACCAACAUGGCAUCGAAUUACCUUCCUCUUGCCAUCACUGGCUACUGCAACAUAACGUUUGGCAACAUUGGCAGGACACCAAGGACGAUCAUUAUGAAGCUGUAUGCAAGCAAGAGUAUAGAGCAGCUGAUAUUUGAGAGCCAACAAUUAUGCCCUCUGGUCAGGGACGAAGGAGUAGAGAUGGCCAUUGCCCGUGAAGAAGCGGACGUGAUUCAGGACGUGCCAGAACACCCCAUCUACCACCUUCUGAACUCACUCCACCAUAGACACAUCAUUGCAGAGUAUAACCCAGAGGACGUCACGGAGUGGGCGGAUAUGACUCUACAUAAACUGACUCACUUCUUCACGGCAUAUCAUUACUGGAACUCUGCUACCCGACCCGCUGUGGAGAGGAAACCCGGUCUGAUCCACGUCAUGAACGAAGCAAGAAUUAACAAUCCCGCAGGUGACUGGUUCAUCAUGACGCCUAACGCCACCACGGCUCUGUACGGAAUCUGGACUCCCGUGACCGACAUCCUCACCAUCCCCGUCGCCAUGACACGACCAGCGACGCAGAGACGGUUGAUGCUGGCGCCGUACCUCGGACCCUAUCUUCCAACUACCUGCAAGGCUUUCUUCAAGACUGUUCGCACGUUCGAUGGUGUUGAGUACACGCUCCCCAACAUAGGCACCUGCCCCGCCGUCCUGGCCAUGGACUGCUCGCCUGCUAAGACUUUUGCGAUCACAAUGAGCACCACCACUGCCGAUUACAGCCUAAAGAUCCUGGAGAUUAUUGCCGAGGGUAAGAAGAUCCGAAUGGCCGCCACUACAACCGGCGCGACUCUCAGUGUCAACGGAGACCCCAUCACCGUCACCCGCACUACGCCCUACGUCCUUGAGAGGACGGUCAGCUAUGGAGAGCCCGCUGUUGCUGCGAAGGUUACUCUUGAACACUUCUACAACAUUGAGCUGCCACUUCUUGGAAUCCAAAUCACCACCGACGGCAACUUCAUCUCCGUCAAGGCAUCCCCGUUGUUCAAACUGAAGACUUGUGGCUUGUGCAGCAACAUGGACGGUCAACAACGUCACGAGUUCGAGGCACCUGACGGAGCUGUCUUCAACUCCCCUGAACCCUUCAUUUCGAGCUACGUUAUCAAGGGAGCUAACUGCCCUCGUCCAAACUUGCCUCAGAUCAUUACUAGAAUGGAAUCAGCCUGCGCACCGGUGGAGGCUCCAAUCGUCAAAUACCGCAAGACGGAGGGUGAGAUCUGUUACUCCACCACCCUCGUCAAGCGUUGCCCCAGGUCGUGCAGAGUAGGACAACGCAGUCCCGCAGAUAUUGGCUUCCACUGUGUGCCGAAACGCAGCAGGGAAGCCAAGGCGAUCCGCCGACUCAUCAACAGACGCGAAUACGCCAAGGUGGCCGCACUCCCCGUCAGUGCGCGCUACCAAGUCAUCCAGCAAGUCACCUGUCUCAGCAGCUAGUGAUGAAACCAUCCAGACCGCCCACGACCUUGAACUUAACAUGAAGGUCAUUUGUGUUUGAGCUGCGUGUUGGUACCAACUGGGUACAGUGUAUUUAAUGAGCUGCAACAAACAAGCAUUUUAAAAAUUAACCUGUUUAGAAAACUACAUAAAUGAAGGAUUUGGAAUGAUUUCGCAAAGCGACAAUGGUGCCGGUUGACCGUCGCCAAUUGAUCAACGACGCAAAGUAUCACUCACUUUUAUGAAAUAAAAAUAAAAGGUCAACUCCUUUGGAACUCUCACCAGUCAAUGUCGAUGUUUAAUCUGCUCAAUGCAAUACACUGUACUCAAUCAAAACAUUGUAAUCUGUUGCUCAAGUCAUGAAGUGACCUGAUACCAUCGCAAUGAUCUGUCUCUGCCUGUCAGUCUGUCUGUCCUCGUCGCUGUCUGUAUGUCAACACCUUCGUUGUGGGUGUUUGUGUUCGCGUCGUCUCUGAUUGUCUCGUCCAAUAAAUGUGCUUUGCAAGCAAAGUGA